GGGGAGACCCGCUGUCCUGUGGGGGGAGCGGCCGUGGGUCCUAAGAAGCGGCUGCUUUCUGUUGAAAGCAUGACUUCUCCGUCCAGAGAUGUGGACUUUGUUUGCUCUCGUUAACCUUUUGGCUCUGUGCUCCGCAGUGUCCACCACUCCUCCCAGACCCAUCAAUGUCAGCUUCUCCUCCGUGAAUCUGAGGAAUGUGUUGCACUGGUUUGCUGGAAAUGGCACACCAGACGACACGUUUUUUACCGUGCAAUAUGCCAUCUACGGGGACACGAUAGCGGGCAGCAAAGGAAGACGGGUGAACUGGAGAGCCGUGCAGCAGUGCACAGACAUAGCUCGGACCUGGUGUGAUCUGAGCUCUGAGACGUGGGAUGUGGAGCAGGGGUACCACGCCCGCGUUCGCGCCGUGGGCGGAGGAGCAUCCUCCAAAUGGGCUCUGACAAGCAGGAGAUUUGACCCAAAAUCGGAUACCACUUUUGGCCCUCCGCUGCUUUCAGUAGAAAUAGAAAACAACAGUGCCAUCAUCACUCUCAGAGGGCCAAUGAGAUUUCUCCCAAACAACCGUACCCCGGCGCUCUCCAUGGCUUCAAUCUACCACCACAUGACCUACAACCUCUCCAUCCGCAACAACCAUCGUGACCAGACGCAUCAUCUUCCAGUGGUCACCAGCCAGUACAAAUACCGCCUGCUGGAAUACAGCACAGAAUACUGCUUCUCUGCUAAAUCCAGGUUCCUCUCCAUGCCAGUGCACUGCCAGAGCUCUGCCUGGCACUGCAAAACCACACCCCGAGAUCCUGUGAUUGAGCAGCUGCAGGUGGUCAUUGUUGGUAUUGUUGUUCCAUCUUUAUUUAUUUGCGUCAUUGUGGUGGUUGGAUACCUUCUCUAUCACUAUGUGGCCGGGAGAGGACAGAAGAGCCCAUAUAUACUGGACUCAUCCUCCUUUCGUCUGGCUCCUUUUAUGCACCCUCCUGACAAAUUCAACCUGACCAAAGUUGAGCCACAACCAGACUCCUCAGUCCCGGAAGGCCAGCUGCACAUUCCCGAUCCCCCACCCAGAUACUCUCCACAGAGGAUUGAUGAACACCCUGAGGCAGAGGAACCGUGUGAUGAUACAUCUUCUAUCUAUGCAUUUCAUAGCAUGGCUUCUGAAAUGAAUCCUAGAGGUGUAGAAGAGGGAGGACGGAGGAAUCGUGAAGAAGGAGGUGAUGGGAAUGAUGUGACAGGUAGUAACAAGAAUGAAGAAAGCAGCGAUGGUCACCCUGCAGGUGUUUAUGCUCCGCAGGCAAAAUCUUUCACCUCACAGGGUCCAACCCACACAUGCAAGCAAACACACACUCGGCAGACAGAGGGGAACGCCCUCGUGCGGGCGCAUGCGUGGUCACAGAUAAACCCCACCUCUCCUGCUCAGACACAGUCAAAAUUACCAAGUUCUCAGAGACCAGUUACAAGGGAGCUUAAUAUAGAAAGAAAGAAUGGAGGGGUUCCAGGUUUGUUCCUCUGCAAUGACCCCAAAACCGGCCUCAUCAGUGUCCUCCAAAACCUUCAGAGAGAGCAGAACGUAGAAGAGAAGGCAAAAGUGGAUGAAAAGAUAGUAGUAGAGGAGGAGGAAGGGAAGGAUUGCGAGCUUGUUUCCCUUCUUUCUUCUUACCCCUCUGGGAACAUGAAAUCCACACUUACUUCAUAUUCUGCCAAAUGUGAUUGUCUGUCGCGUGUAAACGCUGUUCUGGGAGCAGCUGUGAUGCAGAAUGCAGGGGAAGAUUAUUUAGCGGAUGAUGGAGAGGAGGUGGAGGAAGCAAUGUGUAAUAACUGGAAUCCACAGACCAGGAAAACAGGGCCACCAGAGACAAAGGUGGGGCUUAACAUGAAGGAAGGGUUGAAUGGAAUGAUACCUUCUGAGAGAGGGAAAGAGGAUAGAAUGCCAGGAAAGGAUGGGGAGACGUAUGCAAUGAAAGGGAAUUUGACACUGGAAAGUGUUUUUGUCAGGCAGACAUCUGAGGAAGAGAGAAGUCAGGCUGCAGGGUCAGAGGUUGAGGAUAUUUUGACCAAAUGGGACUUGGUAAUCAUGGAUCAGUAGAUGAUAUACAUCUAUAUUUUUACCUUAAUAAUACUUAAAAAAAAUCCAGUAUAAUGAAGAAUAAUUAAAGUACAACCUUGGUAGUCUGUAUAAAUACUUGUUUAAUCAUUUUGUGAUCAAUUUUGAGGGAGAUGUGUUCAGCCUGAAACAUUACUUCAAACAUUGUUUGUGCUUGUAUUUGGUUUUGUGUUUAUUCACAUUCAGUGGACAUCACAAUCCUAAGUCCUAACACCGUCAGACAAACUGAUCCGAGAUCAUUCAUAAAAAGGGCUGCAAUGUUCUUGUCUUUUUCAUUGAUGGAUCAUGACUUCUUUCAGUGUAUUGUUGUUUUUCAAUAGUACCAAAAACCUAUAAAAGGAAGUGUUACAUUAUUUUAUGAUGUUUGUGUGGCAUUAGAAAUUGUAGAUAGUUUGGUUUGUGGUUGUCAUUCUAAGAGACAGUACAUCACUUAACCUGCUUAUUGUAUAUUUAUUUUUCUUCACCCAUGUCAAUUUUGUUUUUACCGUAAUUCCAUUUGUUUCGUUGUUGUUUUGACAUUCUGUUUAUUUAUCUAACUGAAAUAUUCACUCUUCAAGGAAAAAAGUCUUAUCUUUGUCAUAUUUAGCACUUUUAUUCCAGUUUCUAACAUGGAUGGUCUAUCAGUGAAGUGUGCACCCUUGAAGCAUGUUGAUUAUCUGUGCGAAGUGCAACUAAUGAAGUUUGUUCUCAGUGUUAACAGCAUCAACGUGUUGCCAUGGUGAUUUACCUGUUGUUGUCCAUUUUUAUAAUAAAAUGGCCUAUUAAGACAUGUAUAUAUGAAGGUUAUGAAGGUAUUUUAUGUCGUCUCAUUAAAAAGUUGUUAAACUUCUUUAGUUACUGAUCCCUCUACAUUCCUACACAACCAACAAUAAUGCUAUUGUGUGAUUAUUAAUGCUGUUUUACUUUUGUACCUUUAUUUGCUGUGAUAAAGAAUGAUCAGAGAAAAAUGUAUUAAUUUACGUUACAGUGAAUGGAAACUUUGUAUUUUCUUUUGUUUUUGGUUCAUGUUUGUUUUUUAAACCUUGGGUUGUUUGCCUUCAUGUUAUUAUAUUACUAUGAUGGGUAAAAUAUGUUAUAAACACUGAUGCUACUGUCCUUUGAUUUUUAACUUGGACAUUUCUGGAAGUAAAUCUCAUCAACUGCCAAUGAAACACAAUUUUCUAUGACUUACAGGAAGAGAAACUUUUAACAGGUGCAGUAUGUUUCCUUUGUUCCCUCUUGUACACACCUUAUGUAUUUAGUGCUGUGUUUUUGGCCUUCCUUUUAGAGG